AUGGCAACCAGGAGGGGAUCAAGCAUGCGUGGCUCAGCCGCCGCGCCCGUGCUGCUUCUGGAAGCGGCCAUCUGCAGCUUCUUCGUCGUGCUCACAAGAGGAGUGCAGCUGCCCCAACCUGCAGCUGGUCGUUCUAGGGUUGGCGCGAGCUGCAUGCCGCACGAGAUGGACGCGCUGCUGGCGUUCAAGCAAGGCGUCACGAGCGACCCGGCGGGCGUUCUCGCCUCGUGGAGACGACGACAAGGAGGUGUCCAUGGGAUGGACGACUGCUGCCGCUGGAGAGGCGUCCGCUGCAGCAACGGGACUGGCGGCCAUGUCAUGGAGCUUCGGCUUCGAAACGCCGAUCUCUAUGAUGGUCGUGCGCUCGUCGGCAAGAUAAGUCGUUCUUUGCUUUCACUGGAGCAUCUGGAGUACCUUGAUCUUAGCAUGAACAGCUUGGAGGGUUCCACUGGAGGUAUUCCAGAGUUUUUGGGCUCUUUCAAGAGAUUGAAGUAUCUGAACCUAUCUGGCAUACCAUUUUCUGGUGGGGUGCCUACACACCUUGGCAACCUGUCCAAGUUGCAAUUUCUCGACAUUUCCGGUACGCAAGGUACAUUAUCGUUGGAUAUAUCAUGGUUAACAGGUCUACGACAUCUACAGUAUCUUAACUUCAAUGCAGUAAACCUCAGCGCAACACCUAACUGGGCACAUGUAGUGAACAUGAUUCCUUCUCUGAAAUCCCUUGAUUUUUCUGACUGCUUGCUUGCAAGUUCAAAUCAGUCGCUACCGUGCCUUAAUCUUACUAAUCUUGAGUGGCUAGAUCUCUCUGAAAACUACUUCCACCACCCAAUCGCAUCGUGUUGGUUCUGGAACCUAACAAGCCUUAGGUACAUUAACCUUCCACAUACCAGCAUGUAUGGUCAACUUCCUGAAGCACUGGGAACCAUGAUAUCCUUGCAAUACCUAGAUUUAUCGUACACAACAAUCAGCGCGCCGAUGAUAAAUUUGAAGAAUCUAUGCAACUUGAGGGUCUUACGCAUCGAAUCAUGCUUCUCAUAUGUCAAUAAUGUUACAGAGUUCAUUGAGAGAUUGCCACGAUGUUCACUAAACAAGUUGCAGGAGCUGAACCUUCAAUUAAACCAAAUGUUUGGGGUUCUACCAGAUUUUUUGCAGCAUUUCACCAGUUUAGUCAUUCUUGACCUCAGUCACAACAACAUUACUGGACUCCUCCCGAGAUUUUUGGGAAAUUUCACUAGUUUAAAGACCCUGGACCUCUCUAGUAACAAUUUUACUGGAGGUGUACCUGAUGAGAUAGGUGCACUCACAAAUUUGACCCACCUAAAUCUACGCAACAAUGGAUUAUUGGACGGUGUGAUCACAGAGAAACACUUUGGUGGCCUAGAGAGCUUGCAAUACAUAGACUUAUCUUACACCUCCUUGAAGGUUGAGGUCAGCUCAGAAUGGCAGCCUCGCUUUAGACUACGUAAUGCACAGUUUGCAUCUUGCCAAUUGGGUCCCCUGUUUCCUGCCUGGCUGCGAUGGAUGGUGGACAUUCUUUUUCUUGAUAUUUCGGGCACGAGUAUAAACGACCGGAUUCCACAUUGGUUCUGUAAUGCCUUCUCAAAUUCUGAAUAUUUGAACCUUGCCAACAAUCAAAUAACUGGAGAUCUGCCAAGAAAUAUGGAAAUCAUGUACCUGGAAAGACUUUAUUUGAGUUCCAACAAUUUAACAGGUGGCCCUAUUCCCAAAUACAUCUGCAAAUGCAAGGGAUUGAUGACAUUGGACUUAGCCAACAACUUGUUUGAAGGAGAGAUUCCCCCAUGCUUUGGGAUGACCAUGCUUACGACAUUAGAGUUAAGUAACAAUAGUUUGUCUGGUGAGUUCCCUUCUUUUGUGCAAAACUCAACGAACUUGCAAUUUCUCGAUUUAGCAUGGAAUAAGUUCUCAGGAAGACUGCCAACGUGGAUUGGAGACCUGGUGGGGUUGCAAUUUAUACGGUUAAGCCACAACAUGUUCUCCGGGAAUAUUCCGGUGAGCAUCACAAGUCUUGGAUGCCUUCAAUAUUUGGAUAUAGCAGAUAAUAGUAUAUCUAGUUCUUUGCCCAGGAACAUGUUGAAUUUAACAGCAAUGAGAGAGAAACAUUCAACAAUAAAUUACGAAGGGGCAAGAACUCAACUAUGGUACAAGUAG